GUGGACUAGCUAUACCAGCUACAGAUGAGGCAGAAACCCUAUAUCCAACAAUGAUGGUUGAAGUUAGUUAUUCUCAGAGCACUUCUAAUCUUCAUCAAGUAGCAACUCUUUACUUAAGUCAAUGA